UGGUGGUGAGAGGGAGCAGAGCUGUUCAGACUUCGCCCCAACUGCAGGAAACUGUCGCUCCGUCGCUACAUUGCCAACACUGCAACCAGCUGAGGAGCUUCACACCAGCCACUGAGUACAAACUGGGAAACCUGUGAGGAAGGUUCACAGCUGACGAGGGUGGGAGGCACACAACAGCCUAAUAUUCUUCACUAAUCCCAGCUCUGUUCAACCGUACACCUGUGACCUAAAAGAGCAACAAGACCGGAGUGACUGGGGUUGAUGUCUGAGUAUUGGAAUGCAAGAUAGCCUGAGUGAGUCCAGCUACGGGAGAGAAAAGUGGAAAACUCCCACACUGCUGCUUCAAGCUGCUGACGUUCCACACACUGAAUCUUCACUCACAGACUCAAUGGCUUCCAGAUCAGAGGAGGAUCUCUGCUGUCCAGUGUGUCAGGAGGUCUUUAAAGAUCCUGUUAUUCUGUCAUGUAGCCACAGCUUCUGUAAAGACUGUCUGAAGAGAUGGUGGAGAAAAAAACGGACACGUGAGUGUCCAGUUUGUAAGAAAAUAUCACUGUAUGAGCCACCUUUAAACCUGGCUUUAAAGAACCUGUGUGAGUCGUUCUUACAGGAGAGAGAUCAGAGAGCUUUAAAGGCUCUCUGCAGUCUGCACUCUGAGAAACUCAAACUCUUCUGUCUGGACCAUCAGCAGCCAGUGUGUGUCGUCUGCAGAGACUCAGAAAAACACACCAACCACAGAUUCAGACCCAUCGAUGAAGCUGCACAACAACACAAGAAGGAACUUCAGGAAACUCUGAAGCCCUUAAAGAAGAAGUUAAAGGUUUGUAAAGAAGUUCAAGUGAAGUUUGAUCAAACAGCAGAACACAUUAAGGUCCAGGCCCGACACACAGAGAGGCAGAUUAAGGAGCAGUUUAAGAAGCUUCAGCAGUUUCUAGCAGAGGAAGAGGAGGCCAGGCUGGCUGCACUGAGGGAGGAAGAGGAGCAGAAGAGUAGGAUGAUGAUGGAGAAGAUGGAGUCCCUGAGCAGAGACAUAGCUGCUCUUUCAGACACAGUCAGAGCCACAGAGGAGGAGCUGAGAGCUGAAGACGUCUCAUUUCUGCACAACUACAAGAAUGUAUUGGAAAGAGUACAACGCUGCCCGCUGCUGGAUGAUCCACAGCUGCCCUCAGGAGCUCUGAUAGACCAGGCCAAACACCUGGGCAACCUGACCUUCAACAUCUGGAACAAUAUGAAGGACAUGGUCUCCUACACUCCUAUCAUUCUGGACCCAAACACUGCUCAUCCAAACCUUUUCCUGUCUGAAGAUCUGACCGGUGUGACAGGAGGAGAAAGACAACAGCUUCCUGAUAAUCCAGAGAGGUUUGAUGAUUCCUGCUCUGUCUUGGGCUCUGAGGGCUUUAACUCAGGGACUCACAGCUGGGAUGUCGAGGUUGGAGACAGUAUACGGUGGGGACUGGGUGUAUUUUCAGAGUCUGUUCAGAGGAAGGGAAUCAUACUGUCUGGAUUAUGGAGAAUAGGGUUCUAUGAAAGUAAAUACUACGCACUCUCACCAUCAGCUCCUCUCACUGCUCUCUCAGUACAGAAGAAGCUCCAGAGGAUCAGAGUGAAUCUGGACUGGAACAGAGGACAGCUGUCAUUCUCUGAUCCUGAUACUAACACACACAUACACACCUUCACACACACUUUCACUCACAGUAUGUUUCCAUAUAUUAACACUUACAAUAAAGCCAAGGUGUUGUCAUUGAAGGUUCAGUGUGAGUGGAGCAGAUGAGUUGAGGAUGAUUAUAUUUCUAAUGUUGUUUCCUGUCAGUGAAUUGAACCUGUUAAACUGCAGCUGAAACAAGGAUUCAUGUUUAACUCCAUAUACGAAAUGUUUCUGAUAUUUGAUUAAAGACUUUCUUCAUGACAGAAAUUAGAUUUCAGUACAUAAAUAAAACUAAAUAAGA